AACGCACUGCAUUGUGGGUAUAGUUAGCGGAAGUACGCAAGUCGUGGUGGAAGCUCAAGGUGGAUUCGUGUUUUGGAUGUAAACUGUGGGGGGUUUAAACUUUAAAAGUGUACGUUUGGAGGAAUGCGGGGCGAAGAGUCGUCCGAUUCUGAGUCGGGGAGGAUGGAGGAGAGUUCGGUCCGGAGGAGUCUGGAGACGUUGUGUCAGGAGCUGAACAUGGACGAGCAGACUGCCACAGAAACCAUGGAGAACUUCACGGCCAUCUGGAACACGUACACACUGGAGGGAGAGGUGGUCCACUGGCUGGCCUGUUCGCUGUAUGCAGCCUGUAGGAAGGGCUCCACCCCCACAGUGGGGAAAGGCCUGAUGGAGGGGAACUGUGUCUCCCUCACCAGGAUCCUCCGCACCGCCAAACUCAGGUCAGUCUCCGUCAACGCUGCACCACCUCGUGUCAGACAUACAACCAUCUGGAAAAUCCCUACCCGUGCCAGGUAA